CACAAGAGUACGCAUCGGUAGUUAAUUGAAGAGCACAAAUUAAUCAGACACAAUGCAAGUCAUCAUCUUCUCCGCCUUACUGAUGGUCGCUGCUGCGCAAGAGUUCUACGUACCACCGUACGCUCAAGAUACAGGUUAUCUCCUUGAAGAACCAAUGUAUAAUGAUGAACACGCAUUUACCAGUGACGGGGAAACAGACCCGUUGUUCGGAGUGCACCCGAGGUUCCGUAGAGAAGUUAGCAUCGACCCAAAGACUGGUGACCUCACUGCUGACCACAAGAUGGACAACGGACGCGUGUUCGGAACUGUUGGCUCCAACGAUGCUGGCUUAUUUGGCAAAGCUGGCUACGAGCACAACAUCUUCGACGACGCGCGCGGCAAGAUGGACGCGCAGGCGUUCGGCACGCGCACGCUCGGGCCCUACGGCGACUCCAGCGCGCUCGGCGGCGCGCUCAAGUGGCGCGACGACCACGCGCAGGCCUCCUUCGACAUCAACAAGCAGGUCCAUGGACCCACCUCGUGGACCGCAGCCGGCGGCGGCCAUUGGCCCGUAGGCAAGAACGGAGACUUCGGCCUAGAAGGGACCUACAGCCGCAUGGCAGGCAUGAAUGAUUAUGGCGGCAGGGCUGUUUACAACUACCGCUGGUGAAGCAAUAGUAUUGAGGCUGUUGUAAUAUCCAUGUAAAGCGCCAUCUAGUAGUCUUUAGAAAAAUUAGUAUUGACGGCCAUCUUUAGUCAUUUAAUUUGCGUGGAAAGCGCCAUCUAGUAGUCUAUUAAAAAAGUAAUAUUGAGAGCCAUCUUUAGUCUCUAAUUUGCAAGGAAAGCGCCAUCUAGUAGUCUAUUGAAAAAGUAGUAUUGAGAGCCAUCUUUAGCUAAUUUGCAUGGAAAGCGCCAUCUAUUGGUAAUAAUUGGUGUAUAAACACACUUCUCUGAAUUUUUCCUUUAUCCUACAUUGUUUCCGGCAGAACCCAGAGAUGGCGCGAUGGCGUAAUUUUCCGAAUAUUGAUUUUCAUGAUAAAAAUUCUUAAUUCCAGGCUAUACUUUAGCGUUAUAAUUCUGUCCAUUUAUUAUACUUACAAAUAACAAUGCAUUUACAACUAGAUAUGUAAUUAUUUUUUUAGAGAACUGAAUUUUGUAAAUAUUUUAUUUGUAAAUAUUAGAAAUUAAUAAAAAUUGGUUUUAGAUAAUA